AUGCACGCAUCGUUUAUGUUCCGUUAUUCUGCCAAAUCGUGCGGUUCAUCGAGAGAAGACGCAGUAUUAGAAGAACGUGAACCUGAACUGGCGAUGAGCUCUUCCAGCUGUCACGUGCAGUCGACAUGCAUACAGGCGGCCUCAAUGACGACACAGGCAAACCGACGCAAAACUUUUACCAUGAAGAACAACAGUGACUACAAUGGAGCAUCCUCCGGAGCCGACGCCAACUCUGGGGUAUCAAUCCAAUGUCCCGACGACAAAGAGUUAUUAGAAACCGCGGAGCUUCGGAACCCACUGUCAGCGCAGUCGACCAAUUCCUUUGCAGGAGAUUCAUAUCCUUUUUCGCCAGCUGCGAAUCACUCUUUUCAUUCAGAGGGCUCCCUUUCGGCAGCGCAGUCUUCCGUCAUGUCACUGUCAUCCACUUCGUUUACGUCUAUCACCUCGGCGACAUGCUACGAAGAAAAGGAAUCAAACGAAGUGCACAGAACUGCCGAGUCGUCCAGUGCGGAACACACGUCAGAAUCACAGCUGGCGCAGAUACUGCAGAGACGCCAGUCCGAGGAAUGUCGGGGAAACGGGGCGAAUGCGCCUCAACUCUGUCUGCCGGAGGCACGCUCCACCAUACCAACUAUUGGUGAUCGCUUCCUACGUUUAACGCAAAACGUGCACAAGGCUGGUGCUCCGUCACCAGCGAGUUUUGCGUCGUCCUUUAAUCAGGGUCAAGAACUUCUGUCUCUCUUGACGAGGAAGAAUCAGGAGCAAGCACGCACGACCGCGUUAGGCCACGACAAAGAGGAUACCAGUGGCGGCACCUCCUCGCACAACGACUUUAUGAUUCUCCAAGGCACAGACUCGCAUGCCGAGAGAAACAUAUUUGUGAGGGGAAAUACAGAAACUGUUCGGCCGAGUCCGGCUGUUAGGUAUGAGGAUAAAGAAUUUAUAGUUAGUGAGUUUUCCCGGUUGUGGAAAGGCAACAAAUGCUUAGAGCCCCAAGAAGUUCCUGACAGCUCUGGCGGACAGACUCAGGAUAGCAGAACCCACAUCUCAAGUUCUGUGACCGCCAUCGAACGGGGUUCCGCUUCGAUGGUAAGUCGCAGAGACUCACCGAAUCGCCAUGCUAUCGUUCUUGACGAAGAUAGCAUGUUUAAGGAUCUUGCAACAGCAUGGGACAUUGAUGUAACAGAAGAGUCGGCGGCCGAAAGGCACGGAAGGGCCGCUCGCGAAAAACAGCAAUCAGUCUCUUUUUUUGAGAACCGCUGCGACACGGGGCAACACGCGGUUUCCCGAAUUCUCCAUAUGGCGGCCAAUUCUUCUGACGAAUGUACGAUUCCGAAUGUUGUCGGAAUAAAUGCUCCACCCGAAGACGCUGGUAUUCCAGAGUUUAUUGGCAGACGCUGGACGUUUCCUGGAGGAGAAGUCGGAAAGAUGGAUUUGACUGAAGCCGGCAAAUACUUUCCUUGUGUAGUCGGACCUACAGGCAACCAAGGAAUUAAUUAUCAAAGGCGUUAUAGUGGGCCAUUUGCACUGCCUGCCGUGCCAUCGGAUGACAUGCUCGAAGCCCGUGAUCUGUGGAGCUGGGAUGGAACAGAUUCGUGCACACCAGGAAUGCCUGCGGUUCCGUUCGUGGAAGGGUCUUGCAGUCAGAGGAGCUUUUAUCCACCAGGGGAUCUUUCGGGCGAGCAAGCAGCAACGAGGCCGACUGACUUGAACACUGCGGGGAAGCAUGACACAUCGACCAGUUCCGGUCGAAGUGGAGGACUGGCCAAGUACACCUUAAUUGUAAACGUGCCUCCCAUGACGACGCGACAGGACCUGCACAUGACCUUUAGCGCAUUCGGCAAAGUCGAACUUACCGUAGUUGUGUGCGACAAGGACCACAGGCACCCUCAUAAGGAAUGGACAGCAACUAGCGAAUACUUUGGAGAUACAGGAAACUGGCAGCCAGGGACUCCUUUCGUUCCCGUUCAAAGUCAUCAGACAAUGCCACCGCUGCCUGAAGAGCCCCGCCGCAUUAAUGGCGUGUCGCCCGGUGUCCCCACUCGUCAACCUCCAGGAAUGGGGAAUCUGGAACAACGUAAAGUCCCGGUGGGAGCAUGUGUCACCCCACAGUCUGCUCAGGAUUUUGCAUGUCGAGUCUGCCGCAAAUUCAUUGCCUUCGACCCCGUCCUGCUCCCAUGUUGGCAUCUGUGUUGCAGCGACUGUGUGCAUCAGUGCUUACGCUGGCAGCCGAAUCACCCAUCAGAACCCGUCGUAGUCGACUGCCCCGAAUGUGGCAGCGUUUGGCAAGCUUCAGCGAUCAAGAAGAUAGACGAAGCGGACUCAGGGCUUCUUUUGAGGCUGCGCCAGUUGAAAGACAACGAGAGGGUUUGUUGCCCAUUUGCUCCUUUAUGCCGUUGGACUGGAAGGGCUAAUACUUUUGUCAGCCACACGUAUUCUCACAUGAUGGCUGAAGGCGGGUUGUUCGACGACAAUGGACAUGGCAAAAACGGGCCCAAUCUUCGGGACCAGAAUCAGGCGUGA